CCGAGACCAGUGAAACUGUGAGCCUCUAGACGACCCGCGUCGAGCUAAAACCACGAGCUCCCCCAGCGCCUCCUGCGCCACGAAAAAGCCCCCACAGGCCCGUCCCCAGUCUGCACGGCUGGCCGCGCGCAGUCUGGCCUGUCGGUCGGGAUGCCGGGCCGGCACCGUCUGGGCGGGCGCCGCGGGUGCGCGGCGGAGCGGGCAGCGGGCGGCAAAGGGGGCCCGCCUUGACUCUUUGACGUGCCGCUCCGGGGGCGCAGCACUUCGGGCAUUCACGCACGGGCGGUUCCGGAAGUCGGGUGCCCCAUGACGUAGGGGCGGCGGAGUCUGGCUGGCGCCGGCCAGGAGGGCGCGGCCGAUGGUGCAAGAGCGCUCUGCAGUUGAUGCCCAGGUCGCGGCGAGCCUUCGUCCAUCCAAUGCCUGACGGUGCCGAUGUCGGAGGCGGCGGCCCCGGCGUUGGCGGGGCUCAGCUGGCGCCCCCGCUCCUCACAGAACUGCUGCGGGCACUUCUGGUCACCGUCGGUGCGACGUGAAUUCUUCUGCGCCGCUGCGGCGUCUGCUGCGCGCCGGUCGCUGGGUCGCCAAGAGGCCCCUGGG